AUGGCUUGUUUGUGGUGUACAUCUUCAUGGUUUGGAUCAAAAAAUAGCAAGAUUUUGCAGGUGCAUAUGGUUUUGUUUGUUAGUGUGGUUUGUGGUGGAUUAUUAUUGGAGGCGGCGAGUAAUGACCCAAAUUUAACGUUGGAUUACUACAAGUCGACGUGCCCAUCGGUGCUGGGGAUAGUGAGGAAAGAAAUGGAGUGUGCUGUGCUCUCUGAUCCUCGAAAUGCAGCCUUCAUUUUAAGGUUGCAUUUUCAUGACUGCUUUGUUCAGGGUUGCGAUGGGUCGAUUUUGUUGGACGAUACAGUCACAUUGAAGGGAGAAAAGAGCGCUCCUCAGAACAGACAUUCAUUGAAUGGGUUCAAAAUCAUUGAUAGAAUCAAGAACUGGCUUGAAUCUGAAUGUCCCGGAAUUGUUUCUUGUGCCGAUAUUCUCACUAUUGCUGCUAGGGAUGCAGUUCUUCUGGUUGGUGGACCAUAUUGGGAUGUUCCAUUGGGAAGAAAAGACUCAAAAAGUGCAGGAUAUGAAGUUGUUGAAACAAACAUGCCCACUGCAGAUGAAAGCCUUCUCUCCAUUAUUUCUAAGUUUCUUUAUCAAGGCCUUUCUGUCACUGACAUGGUUGCUCUCUCUGGUGCCCACACAAUUGGGAAGGCAAGAUGUGUGAAUUUCAGAAGAAGAAUAUACGGAGAUUUCCCAAUAACAACAUCACCACUAAACCCAAUCUCUCAAGUAUACCUAAACAACCUAAAAUCCAUAUGCCCUCCAAUUGAAGGAGAAAAUUACAAUGAAACCGCCAUGGAUUAUCUCACUCCACACCUCUUUGACAACUCCUACUACCACACACUCCUUAGAGGGGAAGGGCUUCUCAACUCCGACCAAAACCUCUACUCAAGCCUUCUCGCCAUUGAAGAAACCAGAGAGCUCGUGGAGAAGUAUGCUGCAAAUCCCAUUGCAUUUUUCCAGCAAUUUGCAGAAUCCAUGGUGAAAAUGGGAAACAUCACUAACCCUGAAGCUCAUGAGAAUGGGGAAGUUAGGAAGACUUGUAGGUUCGUUAAUGCAUAAGCAUUACUGUUCUACAGUGGAAAUUCUAAGUUACACAGAAAAAAAUUAAAGCAUGCAUGUGGAAUGAAAGUUUAACACAUGCAUGA